GGAGGAGCAGACGGGAGGCAGGCGCUCAGGCUGCUCACUCGCAGGAGGAAUCAGCAGCGGCGGCGGCGGCGGCGGGACAAUGGACUGUCUCCACCACGGAUCCUAACGGGCGCCGGGCCGGGGUUUCACAUUCACGACCAACUGCACAUAUUAAAAGGAGGUGAAUGUCAAAUCGCUCCAGGAUGCUGCCGUCCUCCUCCCUGCUGACCUGCUGUUCAUCGGGGGGAAUCUGAUUUACCAAACAUGAUGAAGACUGAGCCCCCGUCGACCACGGCGGGCAACGGGGCCUCGGGCGGGAGCAGCGGCGGGGGCAGCGGGAGCUCCAACCUGCGCAGCCCCUCGCCCCACCGCAACGCCUACGAGGCGGGGCUGGCGGCGCUGAAGAAGGCGACCGACCACCUCAACAAUGCGGCCAACGGAGGCUCCGACCCCGCCUCGAAGCCCGCCCCCCUGCCCCGCCCGACCGGCAGGGGCCGGAGAUAUGGAUCCAACGUUCACCGCAUCAAGAACAUGUUCAUGCAGAUGCAGUCCCCCGGGGACGAGGAGGACGGAGAGAAAAUGAUUGGUAAAGAACAGGCGGUUAAACUGUCCCUGCCGCGGGCAUCCAGCCUCAACGAGAACGUGGACCACAGCGCCCUGCUCAAGCUAGGGGGCACGGUCUCGGAGAGGGUCAACCGGUUUGACCCCAAAGCAACCGGGGAGGGCGGAUGCUCCUCCGCCGGUCUCUCCAAACUGCAGGAGACCAGGCGGAUCUUCGAGCAGCGGACUCUACAGGAGAAGCAAGCCACGAACCGCAUCUUGCUGAAGAAGGAGCGGGCGACGGGCUUCCAGGACAGCCGCCUGGACGUGGUGGCUCGCUUCAACGGCUCCACUGAGGCUCUGGACCGGCUGGACGACCCACCCGCCCCCGCUCCCUCUCCCGCUCCCGUUCCCAUUCCCGCCCCCGCCCUAACUACUGCUACUGCAGCCUCGGUCGGGCCCAGCGAUGCUGUGAGCCCCACCGUGAGCCAGCUCAGUGCCGCGUUCGAGAAGGGCGAAGUACAGCAACCUGUCCACCUCCCCCAGCGUCGGUCGGCCCCCGCCCUCGCACCGAAGCCCAAACCUCCAGCCAGAUCGGACGCUGUCAGCAGGAAGGUAAAGGUGUUGCCUCCAGGGAAGGACGACCCCGAGGAGGAUGUGAGGGCAGCAGACCUACCGGAAGUGACAGCUUCUCUGCAAGGGAGCGUCGAAGGAGUGGAGGCGAGCGAGGAGAAGGAGGCGUUCGGACAGUCCGGAGACCAGCUCUCCAACUCCUCCUACUCGUCCUCGUCCUCGGUGGCCGUCACUUCCUCCUCUUCAGAAGCCAAGCCGGAGUGGGAGGCCCCGCCGGCGGCGACCGAAGCCAGGGGCUCGAGCACGGCGGCGGCCCCCGACCGGGAGCCGCAGGCCGACGAGCACGACGGCUCCGCCGAGGGGUCCGAGGCCGGAGCCAGGCUGGUGCUGGCAGAGGUUCACGCCUCGUUGGAAAACGGAGAAAAAGAGCCUCCGGGUUCCUCCCCCUCCCCCAAGGGGAAAGGUGUGGGUUUUGAGAGGAGGGGCGAGGAAGAGGAGGACGAGGAGGAAGAGAACGACGAGGACGGCUCCAGGAAGGAGGAUUACUCAGAGGGGGAUCUGGUGGAUAUCAGUGCGUACAGUGGGCUUGGGGAGGAGGACUCCGGGGGCAGCCAACUGGACGACGAGGAGGACGAAGAAGACGAGGAGGCGUAUCAGCCCGAGAGCAGUUGCUCCGAGAUCGCGGGCCUCCCUGAAGAAGAGGAGCCCGCGCCGCCCAAUAGGAAGAUUCGAUUUAGCACUGAGUCGAUCAAGGUCUUCACCACCUACUCCAACGAGGACUACGAUCGACGCAACGACGACGUGGACCCGAUGGCGGCCUCAGCCGAGUACGAGCUGGAGAAGAGGGUGGAGAAGCUGGACCUAUUUCCUGUUGAGCUGGAGAAAGACAGCGAUGGUCUGGGUAUCAGUAUCAUAGGUAUGGGUGCAGGAGCCGACAUGGGCCUGGAGAAACUGGGGAUCUUUGUGAAGACGGUCACCGAGGGGGGAGCUGCGCAGCGGGACGGCAGGAUCCAGGUGAACGAUCUGAUCGUGGAGGUGGACGGGACCAGCCUGGUCGGCGUCACCCAGAGCUUUGCUGCCUCGGUCCUCCGCAACACCACCGGCACCGUCAGCUUUGUGAUUGGCCGGGAGAAGCCGGGGGAGCAGAGUGAGGUGGCUCAGCUGAUCCAGCAGACUCUGGAACAGGAGCGGUGGCAGAGAGAGAUGAAGGAGCAGAGAUACAAACAGUACAUGGACGAAGAUGAAGAGACGGGAGAGUAUGCAACAGACGAGGAGGAGGAGAUGAGUCCGGUGUUUCCGAACUCCAUCGAGGUUUUCGACCUGGCGGAGAACCAGGACAUGUUGUCUCCUGUGGAGCUGGACCCCGAGAAGCUGGCACACAAAUUCAAGGAGCUCCAGAUUAAACAUGCAGUAACCCAGGCGGAGAUCCAGCUGCUAAAGAGAAAGCUGGCUCACGCGGAGCAGGACAAGUUGCGUUGGCGGAUGGAGCGCGCUCAGCUGGAGCAAAACAUCCGGGACAGUAAAGAGAGGAUGGAGAAACUGGAGGGCUACUGGAUGGAGGCGCAGUCCCUGUGUAAGGCAGUGGACGAACACCUGAAGGAAACCCAGUCUCAGUAUCAAACCCUAGAGAGGAAAUACAGCAAAGCCAAGAGACUGAUUAAAGAGUUCCAGCAGAAGGAGAUCGAGUACCUGAAGAAGGAGACAGCCCAGCGUCAGGCACAAGAGGAGAGCGAGGCGACGCACAAAGAAGAGACGGGCAACCUGCAGGAGAAGAUUUCCGACCUGGAGACCAGAGUGGACGCCCUGAAGGCGCCCAAACCCUCGUAGACCGCUGCUACUUGCUACCUCCUUCCUGUGACUGGACGAGGAGGAUCUCUGCCUUCAUUUCUGACCGGGGCUUGUAAUGUAUCCCAAUCGACCAUUUACUGCACCGACGGGAACGGGGGCGAAAUUCAACGAGGACAAUUGUUAGGGGGGGGGGGGGGGGUGACAUACGAAGAGGGAAAGGAGCAGCCUCUCAUCCGACAUCUGCCAGCAGCUUUGAGCUCCAUCAGUCGGCCACCGAUCCCAGAAUGCACCCUCUGUAAUACCCACAAUCCUCGUGUGUCUUCCUGGCAAACCGGCUUGGCAAUCAACACAAAAACAAAACAAAAAACACAUUCAGCAGCUUGUACUUAAUUUACGGAUGACAUGCUUUCACCUCUCCUCUCCUUCAUCAAGGAUUCUAUUAUUGAUUCAAAUUUGUUUUAAAGAAAAGGCGCUUUUAAUAAAACAGGCUCGUCACAAAGUGCUUUAUAGAGUGGCAGAGGGCAUGAGUGCAGAAUGAAACUGAACAAGAGAGGACGAAGGUCAUUUGUUUGUCAUUGUGCUACGUUUGAACCGGAUGGUUUGCUGAGCCAUCUCUUUUAAUUUUUUUCGGGGACUGGACUGGAUUCUUAUGAAGAGGACGCGCGUGUGUGUUUUCUGUCACACGGCCUUGAUCACAUGGAUCAAUAACUGCGAGGGGAAAUGGCCGCCUCAAUUUUAAAGACUCAUCUCAACAUUCUGAAGUGGAGCCUCAGUAGUAUUGGAGAAAAAAAACAAAAAGAAAGAAAAGAGAAACUAACUUGAAAAAGGAAAUAGCCACCGCCCUAUGAAAACUCUGUAACAAAAACUGGGAAAUAAAAGAACGCCCGACCCGG